AUGGGUCAGACCGUUUCGCGCGCCUUUUCGAAUUGGAUUUUCAUCGAUAGUCCCUGUAUCCUUCCGCCUCACUCGCCCAGGAGGGAGGGAAAUAAAAUAGUCCCGGAAAGAUGUCUGUCCCGGCGGCCGGAAUUUCUGCAGCUCCAGAAGGGUGAUUUCUGUCAGCAGGUAAGAUUUCCAGUUUCAAAGAUGCCGCUCUUUGGAAAAAUUGUUGUUAUUAAAAGGAAUGGGACCGAUGGAAUCCAUUUUCCACUCACUGCAAGUUCUUGUUUAUUUGGAAGGAAAACGGAGUGCGAUAUCCGCAUACAGCUGCCUCAGGUCUCAAAAGAACAUUGUAAAAUUGAAGUCAAUGAGAACAAGGAGGCAAUCUUAAUUAAUUUAAGUACUGUAAAUCCAACGCAAUUGAAUGGUAACAGUUUUCAGCAACCUGCACAUCUGAAGCAUGGAGAUGUGUUCACUAUUGUUGAUCGUUCUUUCAGGUUUGAAUAUCCUCCUCAAUCAACUCCAAGAAAGAGACUUUCUAGAACUCCAAAAAAUGAAACCCUACAGGUUCUUCAUGUUCAGCAGGUGGCAGAAGUGGAAUUACAGAGCCCAACAUCUAAAAGUCCUCAUACGUCUGAUAAAAACAUAGACAGUGAAGGCCAAAAUUUUGGUGAAAAUGACAAGCAAAGCACUGAGGAAGAUAUUUCCAGAGUUGUACCAGCCAAACAACAUGCAACACCUAAAUCAACAUACAGAACAGCUAAAUCUAACAGAAGAGAAAAUGAGAUGUCUCCUUUUAGCAAACUUUAUGAAUUGUUGAAAAAUGAGAUUGAUGUGAAAACACAGAAAGAUGGCAACGAAGAGAUACUUAUGCCACGACAAGCAGAGACUAAUGCCCAGCAAAUUUCAUUAUUGAUAUUUCCAUCUGGUCAAGAGACCCAAACUAAGGAAAAAGAGACAAUCAUUGGUGAAGAUAUUGAACAGUCUAAAGUUAAAGAACAAGAAAUAAACGAUGUGGAACUUAAUCAGAUUUCUACUGAAGGAAAUAGUUCUAAGACCAAUGAAAUAAGUUCUGCAAAUUCAGGUGAACCACAGACUGGACAAGAUCCAUCAUUAGGAGUUAAAGCAACAGAAAUUGUAAAUGAAAUUCAAAAGAAAGAUGUAGUGUGCAGUAGUGUUCGUGGGAAUGAAUCCUGUAUUUUGGGAAAAAGUAAUAAAUAUUCAAAGCAAAAGAGAAAUAGUAAACAGCUUACACCAAGAAAAUCCUUAAAUGCAGAAGAAGUGCUAAAAGAAAUUCAUGAUGAGACUUACUCAGUUAGCAUAACUAAGGAGAGAGAUUCUGAAACCGUUGGAUUUUCUCCUGGGUAUAGUGAUUCCAAAAGCCCCAAAGGGAGUGUUAGACAAAGUAAAAAAAUUUCAAAUAAAAGUCCAUUAUCAGAGUUAUUAACUCCGGAAAGGUUAACACCGAAAGAUGAAUCUUCUGCUAGCCAUAAACAUCACUCUGGAGCGCGAAGGGGAAGACGAAUGAGCUCUGGAAAGAUGGCUGAAGAAACAUUGGAGAGAGAUCCAUCUCAAGAACAUUACAAGAAUGUAGAUAUUAAAGGUAGGGAUGUUAAAGAAAAGCUGAGCACAGAGAACUACCAACAGAAAUUAGAGGUGGAAGAUGCUAAUAUUGUACUGGGACCUCACAGGUUGUCAUCAAAAAGAAGGUGCUCUGAAAGUGUUGCACUUCUGAGAGAUGAUGAAGUAGCAUCAGAAAUAAAUAUUUCUAGCCUACCUAUUGAAGAGAAAAAGUCAGGUGAGACAAAGAGGUUACCUCAAAAGCGGAAAAGUGGAGAGCUUGAGUUGUUACAUCAGCCUUCUGGGAAAAGAAAGAGAGUGUCCUUUGGUGGUCAUCUCAGUCCUGAACUUUUUGAUAAAAGUCUACCACCCAAUUCACCACUUAGAAGAGGUGCAAUUCCAGCAAGGUUAAGCUUACCAUUUGGAAAUUCACCUCGUGCAGUUCUGAAGAAGGGACAGGGAUUCAAACGUCUUGUAAUCAAGGAUCUUUCAGAACAUUUGCAGAGACAAAAAUCAUCACAAAAAAACUUGCCCGCCAGGAGGUCCCCGGCUGCCUCGCCGCCCGCCAGGAGGUCCCCGGCUGCCUCGCCGCCCGCCAGGAGGUCCCCGGCUGCCUCGCCGCCCGCCAGGAGGUCCCCGGCUGCCUCGCCGCCCGCCAGAAGGUCCCCGGCUGCUUCGCCGCCUGCCCUUGAAAAAAUGUCACCUAAGCUCACUGCAAACUCCCCAUCAAAUACACCAUUCACAAAAGGACGUUUCUCUAUUUCUCACAUUAGCACACCAUCUCCUACUUCAAAGGAGCAGGGUACUGCUGCAACAGAAGUUAAGGAAAGUGAUGGAGAUUUUACUGGAGUCAAGAUACCUGAAUCUUUACAUAUUAACCAGGAACAUCAGGUGUCUGUGCCAACUACACCUAAACAAUUAAUAAGGCGUAGUAUAAGAUUUUCUGCAAAGAGAACUCCCAUGAAGAGGAGGAGUGAUGCUGUGGAAACAAUUCAUUCUAAAAGAAGAAGUGGUGCUUCUAAAGCCAAUUUGCUAGUUGCAAAAUCUUGGGCAGAAGUGGUGAAGUUGGGUGUUGCAAGACCACAAGUAAAGGCUGUUAAAAAAUGUGUUCUCAAAGGAAAAUCAACCAAGACAUUAACAAAAUCACCAAAGACUCCAGCAAGAAAAGUAAAGGGUCAUUUUAGUACAGGUCAUGCAGAUUCUCCAGCUACAAUAGUGAUAGGAAGAGCUCAUACCACCACAGUGAAGCUGGUUGGAGAGGCCCCUAGAGUGGUCAAGAAUUGUGCUUUGAAACAAAACAUGGAUAUAAAUGAAAGCUUCACAGGAAUGACUGAGAUGUUUAGAACUCCAGUAAAUGAAAAUCAAAGAAGUCCAUCUUUAUCUGCUGCUCACAAGACUGAUCUUACACCAUCAUGUGCUGAAGUAGAAGGUUCUGAGGUACACACUCCAGAGGAGUCUGGAGAGAUGGUAAUAUCACCAUUAAGUACCUCAGGCAUGUCACAACAGAGAAAAGAUUGUCAAGAUGUUGUAUCUCGCUUCCUGAGAGUGGAGAAGUCUCCAAAUUCUGCUUUUGUGGCUAUUAAGUUAAAGCAGACUCCUAAAAAAGAGAGAACUGUACUGGAAGAGAAGAUGGAAAUGAGUAAUCCGUUAGUAAUGCCAGAAAAGCAUGCAACUGAGAUGAGAGUGGGAGUUAAAAGGCUUGUGAAGACUCCAAAGCAAAAGACGGAACCCGUCGAGGCUCUCUCGGGCGUCAAAAGGCUCUUGAGGACUCCAAAGCAAAAGACCGAACCCGUCGAGGCUCUCUCGGGCGUCAAAAGGCUCUUGAGGACUCCAAAGCAAAAGACUGAACCCGUCGAGGCUCUCUCGGGCGUCAAAAGGCUCUUGAGGACUCCAAAGCAAAAGACCGAACCUGUUGAGGCUCUCUCGGGCGUCAAAAGGCUCUUGAGGACUCCAAAGCAAAAGACCGAACCCGUCGAGGCUCUCUCGGGCAUCAAAAGGCUCUUGAGGACUCCGGAGCAGAAGAUGGAACCUCUUACAGAUGAAAUUGCCUUAAAAAGAUUACUAAAGACUCCAGCACAAAAAAAGCAAAUAGUAAAUGAUCUGGUGGGAGUUUCUUUUAUGAAGAGAACACAAAAGCAGAAAUGUCAGCCAGUAGAAGACAUGAUAGGGAUCAGCCAUAUGAAAACAUCUAAGCAGAAAAUCCAAUCAGAAGAUACGGUAGGAAUCAAAAGGCUAUUGAAGACAUCAAAUGAAAGAGUUGAACCAGUAGAAGACAUGUUUGGUAUCAGCAGACUACUGAGGACACCAAGGGAAAAAUAUCUACCGGUUGAUGAUUUUGUGGGACUGCAAAAGUUUAUGGCUGAGCCUAAACAAAAAUAUUCAAAUUCUGAAGUGGAUUAUGCUGGUGUUAAAGAAAUUUUUGAUACACCAAAGGAAAUUAAGGUCAAAGUUACGGAUCUCAUGCAAGAAAAUAAUUCUCCUCAUAUUGAUCCUAAAAGUGAACAUGAAUCCAGAGGAAAUUAUGAAAGAGAACUGAAGCGAGAGAAAAAAAUGGAAGAUUCACUUGAAAAAACAUCACUCCCAUUUGUGAGAUCAAGGAAUAGAAACAUUAAAAAUGAACAAGAAUUGCAAGAAAGCCUUGAACAUGCAUGUAUUUCACCUGAGUCAGAAAUUGUGAAAAAUAUAGAAAAUAUUGAAAAAGAAAAAAUGAGUGAUAGCUCUCAGACAGAGAGCCAUAAUCUCUCAAAUUCAGUAAUCUCUCUUUUACUUACCAAAAUGGAUCCAGUUCAAGAACCAGCUGUGCAACUGCAAAGAGAAUUAAACCAAUAUUUGAAAGAUAGUGAUGAUAAAGAAUUGCUUUUUGAAAAUCCUGUUGCCCCACAAUUAAAUCUUAUCCAGGAAUCUAUCGAUUUGUCCAGUAAAGACAAAAAAUCUACAAGGGCAAAACAGCAGAAAAUAGAAAUAAAAGAGAACCCCUCGUCACUAAGAGAAUGUGAAGAAAAUCUAAAGAAGAAUGUAAAUUUACUAGAAUUACCAGUUCUGAUGAAAGAGAGGAUUGAAGACCAGAAGGAAGAGGCUGUUGCUUUCACUUCUGUAGUUAAAAAUCUAGGAAGAAAUGAGAGAACCAAUCAGUGUAUGCAAGAAGAAAUUAUUUCAAAAAUUCAUGUUCACAAACAACUUGACAAAAAUAAGGAAGCUGUUUCCGCAGGAGAAAUAAAUGGAACUUUUCAUAGCUCCAGAAGAGGUAAAAGGAGUCUUGAGUCUCAUGAUAAAGAUUCUUUAAUGCUACAAAGAGAAACUAAAAGUAUGAAACAGAAUUUGCAGACUGUGCAUCAAUCUGUCACAAAUCACAUUUUAAUAAUGGAAAAUGAUCAAAGUCUGAAGACAGCAAAUGUAUCUAGUAGCAGUAAAAAUGUAAAAGGGCACCCUCUACAAACAGGGCUUAUAGCACCUGAGGAUAAGUCUGGUCAAGAUAGUGUAAAAAAUAAUGAAAAGGUGGCUCUGUCAGUUAGGAAGAGGUCUACAGGGGAGAAAAAAUUAGAAAUGCUAGAAUCAUUAGUUCCAGCUAAAAGAACCAGAAGAGGGAAAACGGAAGAUAACAAACAGGGAUUUACAGAGGAACAUGAUGCAAAAGAAAAACCCCAAAGACAGACAACAAGGAACCCUGGUAGAGCAGAAACAGAAAAGUGCAUACAAACAGAUAAAAAGGAUUUUGCCAACAGUAUCAUUGAGGCUGCUGCAGUAAAAGAAUCUGAAAUCAAUAAACCAAUAAACCUUGAAAUUAUAGUAACAGAAAUGAAAGGAAGAAAAUCUUUGAGAGUAAAAUCUAGAAAGCAAUUAGAGGAAACAAAGAACGUAAGUACAGAGAUGGGACCUGAAAAUGUAAGACGUGUCCAGGAAACCAAGAAAACAUCAAAAGAAACUGUAGUUAAAACACACAAAUCUAUAAAAAAUGAGACAAAAGCAUCUCAGGGAAAUAAGGAAGCAGAAACAGGUCAAAGCUUAAAGUUAAAGAAGUCACAUUUUGAAAACACAAAUGAACCACCACUUGAUGUUCAUAGCUUGCAAGCAAACAGGAAUUCAAUAAAAAAAACUAAUCAAACUCAUGGAAAUAAGAGAGGUCAAAAAGGUAUAUUGGACAUUAAGGAAGGUGAAUUUGCCAAAAAUGAAAAAAUGAUACCACAGAAUAUAUCAGAAACUGAACCAGAGACAAUUUCUACAAAAGACUCCCUAGGAUCUCUACAGACAGUGCAAAGUUCCAAAACCACGGAAGCCCCAAACAAUCCAACUGCUGCAAUGGUAUACGGUCCUAAAGAUGAUGAGAGAACUGUUCUUAGACGUGGAAAGAGGAUAAGGAAAGGUGAUGGCAAACAGGAAGCAUCUGAAACCAAACAAAUUGAGAUUUUAGAAAAUAAUCCUACAGAAGCAAAUGAAAAUAUACCAAGAAGAGACAGAGGGAAAAAAGUUCAUUUUGAACUUGAGGAAGCCAGUUCUGCUUCUCUCAGAGGAAAACAAAUUUUACCUGAAGGUAAUGAUAAAGACCAAAAUGAGACUUCAGAAAACAUUCCUUCUCAAGCAAAUGAAAAUCUCUCAAGAAGGGGCAGAAGGAAAGAAGUUGAUCUCUCACCACAUGCAGUUAGUUCCAUUUCUCUUAGAGAAAAAUACGGCUUGCCAGAAAGUGAUGCCAAAAAAGAAGCUACUAAAAAAGACCAAGAUGCAGCUUUGGAAUCUAGUGCUUCCCCAACAAAAGAGAAUACAUCUAGAAGAGGCAGAAGGAAACAGGUUGAUCAUAGAGUACUGGCAGCUAAUUCCACUUUUGGAGGAAAAUUCAGCUUGCCAGGAGAUAGCGGUAAAGAAGAGAUGUCAGAAGAUGAAAAUGUGCCAUUGGAAGCUAUUGUUUCACCUACAAAAGAGAAGCUAUCAAGAAGGGGCAGAAGGAACCAAGUUUCUCUCACAUCUCAGGCAGCUAGUUGCACUUCUCUCAGAGGAAAAAGUAGCUUGACAGAAAAUGGUGGUAAAGAGAAGGUCCCUAAAGAAGACCAAAAUGUGUCUUUGGGAAAUACAGCUGAGGUAAAAGCUAAUCCACCAAGAAAGGGCAGAAGGAAACAGGUUGAGGUAACAACACAGGCAGCUAGUUCCACUUCUCUCCGAGGAAAAAGCAGCUUGCCAGAAAAUGAUGGUAAAGAGAAGGUCCCUAAAGAAGACCAAAAUGUGCCUUUGGGAAAUACUACUGAGGCAAAAGCUAAUCCACCAAGAAAGGGCAGAAGGAAACAGGUUGAGGUCACAACACAGGCAGCUAGUUCCACCCCUCUCCGAGGAAAAAGCAGCUUGCCAGAAAAUGAUGGUAAAGAGAAGGUUCCGAAGGAAGACCAAAAUGUGCCUUUGGAAAAUAUUACUGAGGCAAAAGCUAAUCCACCAAGAAAGGGCAGAAGGAAACAGGUUGAGGUCACAACACAGGCAGCUAGUUCCACUUCUCUCCGAGGAAAAAGCAGCUUGCCAGAAAAUGAUGGUAAAGAGAAGGUUCCGAAGGAAGACCAAAAUGUGCCUUUGGAAAAUAUUACUUCCCAGGCAUCAAAAAGGGGCAGAAGGAAACAGGUUGAUCUCACAUCACAGGCAGCUAGUUCCACCCCUCUCCGAGGAAAAAGCAGCUUGCCAGAAAAUGAUGGUAAAGAGAAGGUCCCUAAAGAAGACCAAAAUGUGCCUUUGGGAAAUACUACUGAGGCAAAAGCUAAUCCACCAAGAAAGGGCAGAAGGAAACAGGUUGAGGUCACAACACAGGCAGCUAGUUCCACUUCUCUCCGAGGAAAAAGCAGCUUGCCAGAAAAUGAUGGUAAAGAGAAGGUCCCUAAAGAAGACCAAAAUGUGCCUUUGGGAAAUACUACUGAGGCAAAAGCUAAUCCACCAAGAAAGGGCAGAAGGAAACAGGUUGAGGUCACAACACAGGCAGCUAGUUCCACUUCUCUCCGAGGAAAAAGCAGCUUGCCAGAAAAUGAUGGUAAAGAGAAGGUUCCGAAGGAAGACCAAAAUGUGCCUUUGGAAAAUAUUACUUCCCAGGCAUCAAAAAGGGGCAGAAGGAAACAGGUUGAUCUCACAUCACAGGCAGCUAGUUCCACCCCUCUCCGAGGAAAAAGCAGCUUGCCAGAAAAUGAUGGUAAAGAGAAGGUUCCUAAAGAAGACCAAAAUGUGCCUUUGGGAAAUACAACCAAGGCAAAAGCUAAUCCACCAAGAAAGGGCAGAAGGAAACAGGUUGAUCUCGCAUCUCAAGCAGCUAGUUCCACUUCUCUCAGGGGAAAACGCCACUUGCCAGAGGAUGAAAAGGCAGCCAAAAAAUUAAAAUCAGAGUGUGGUGAAAGUAUAACUCUGCAGAAAGAAACAAGAAACAAAACUAAAGGAGAACUUGGCAAAGGUGGUAUAAGCAUGAUUCAGAGUGCUGGAGGAACAGAAAGGAAAACAAGAACAAGUGCAAGAACAAGAAAAUAACCUUAAUAGUUGUAGUUCCAGUUUUGAAUUUUUUUCAGAAUUUGAUUUUGCAGGUUUUUUACGUACUUAGAUUUCAUAGAGUUGUAAAGCAUUCCGUGAAUUUAGGUAUAAUGGAGAUAUGUUUAUCUGUUUAUAUAAGUAGAAGAGAGACCUCUUUUAAUGGCAUAAUUCAGCCAAAUAUAUUUGCUUUCCAAACUGUUGUGAGCUUGUGCAAAAUUACAGCAACCAAAAAACUUUCUGUGGCAACACUGAUGCCUCCUUUCAUUGAUGAUCAUUUCAGCAGUCUGGAAGUUGUAUUACUUUGCUGAAUCUGCCCAUAUGUAAUUGUACGUUCUUAUCUAGUUAGCUUAAUUUUGGGAUACUGAAGUUUUAUUUUUUCAUGAAAGUUCUGUAAAUAUCCUUUUAAAAAAGUCUACAGGUUUUUAUUAGCAAAACUAUUAUGUGAGAAUUCUGAUUUAACAGCUUAAAUUGACUACUGCAAAAAAUGCAAAUAGAUUUUUAUAAGAGUUAAUAAAUUUUGUAAAUGUUAA